AUGCAGCAGGGUGAAGAUACCAGCCUGUUAGAGAUGGUCACCUUUUCAACCUUCUUAUCCAAGAUUUCCUUCAUGAGUUUGCAGAGAUUCUCGAACUUGGCCUUGCUCUCCUCCAUUUUCUUCUUCUCCUCUUCAUCCUCAGGCAACUCCAGGCCCUCCAAAGCUGAUCUCAUAAAUAACUUGGGAACCAUUGCCAAGUCUGGCACUAAAGCAUUCAUGGAGGCCCUUCAGGCUGGUGCAGACAUCUCCAUGAUUGGACAGUUUGGUGUUGGCUUUUAUUCUGCUUAUCUGGUGGCAGAGAAAGUGGUUGUUAUCACAAAACACAAUGAUGAUGAGCAGUAUGCGUGGGAGUCUUCUGCUGGGGGCUCUUUCACUGUACGUGCAGACCAUGGUGAGCCCAUUGGCCGGGGUACCAAAGUGAUCCUCCAUCUUAAAGAAGACCAAACCGAAUAUUUAGAGGAGAGACGUGUCAAAGAAGUGGUGAAGAAACACUCCCAGUUCAUAGGUUAUCCCAUCACUCUUUAUUUGGAGAAGGAACGAGAGAAGGAAAUUAGUGAUGAUGAGGCAGAGGAGGAGAAAGGGGAGAAAGAGGAAGAAGAUAAAGAUGAUGAGGAGAAACCCAAGAUUGAAAAUGUGGGUUCAGAUGAGGAGGAUGAUAGUGGGAAGGACAAAAAAAAGACCAAGAAGAUUAAGGAAAAAUACAUUGAUCAAGAAGAACUGAACAAGACCAAGCCCAUUUGGACCAGAAACCCUGAUGACAUCACCCAGGAGGAAUAUGGAGAGUUUUACAAGAGCCUUACUAAUGACUGGGAAGAUCACCUGGCAGUCAAGCACUUCUCUGUAGAAGGUCAGCUGGAAUUCAGGGCAUUGCUGUUCAUCCCUCGUCGGGCUCCUUUUGACCUCUUUGAGAACAAGAAGAAAAAGAACAAUAUCAAACUGUAUGUCCGCCGUGUGUUUAUCAUGGACAGCUGUGAAGAAUUGAUACCAGAGUAUCUCAACUUCAUCCGUGGUGUGGUUGACUCCGAGGACCUGCCCCUGAACAUCUCCCGAGAAAUGCUCCAGCAGAGCAAAAUCUUCAAGGUCAUUCGCAAAAAUAUUGUGAAGAAGUGCCUUGAGCUCUUCUCUGAAUUGGCAGAAGACAAGGAGAACUAUAAGAAAUUCUAUGAGGCGUUCUCUAAAAACCUAAAGCUUGGAAUCCAUGAAGAUUCCAUUUCUUAA